GCAAAUAAACUCAAGGUUACAAAAGCAGAUACCUUAAAGCCUUUGGUUGCCAAUAAAGACCUCAUCUUUGGAAGAACUUUUACUGAUCAUAUGGUUACUGCUAAAUGGAAUGAGGAAAAAGGAUGGGAUGCUCCUGAACUUCGCCCCUUUGAAAACCUUAGUUUACCUCCCAGCACUGUCGUGUUCCACUAUGCUACAGAGUGCUUUGAAGGCAUGAAGGCAUACAAGGAUAAGAGUGGAAAGAUUCGUCUUUUCAGACCCGAUAUGAACAUGGCUCGUAUGAACCGUUCAUGUGAACGUAUCGCCCUUCCUAAAUUUGACGGUGAAGAAUUGAUCAAGCUCAUUGGCGAAUACUUAAAGACGGACGAACGAUGGAUUCCAACUGAACGUGGAUAUUCCCUUUAUAUUCGUCCCACCAUGAUCGGUACACAAGAGGCACUGGGUGUCAAUCCUCCCACAGACGCCCUUUUGUUUGUCAUUGGUUGUCCUGUGGGCCCUUACUACAAAACCGGUUUUAAUGCUGUCCGUUUGUUCGCCACCACUGAAUAUGUUCGUGCCUGGCCACGCGGUACAGGUGACGCCAAGAUCGGUGGAAACUACGCUCCUGGAUUGAUGCCUCAACGUUUGGCUGCCUCCAAGGGUUACCAACAAAACCUCUGGUUGUUUGGUCCUGAUCAUCAACUGACCGAAGUAGGCGCCAUGAACCUGUUCAUGAUGAUCAAAGAUGAACAAGGCGAAUUAGAACUCGUCACUCCUCCUUUAGAUGGCUCUAUCCUUCCUGGUGUCACUCGUGAUUCAAUCCUUCAAUUGGCUAAAGAUUGGAACGAGUUCAAGGUUUCUGAACGCAACAUGACCAUGCCUGAACUUCGUGAUUUAGCCAAGGCCGGUCGUUUGGUCGAAAUGUUUGGUGCUGGUACUGCUUGUGUUGUCAGUCCUAUUAAAGAAAUUGGAUACAUGGGUGAAGAUAUCAAGAUCCCUCUGGAUCCUAAAGAUCCAAAUGCUCAGGCUGGCCCUUAUACAAAGAGAUUCAAUGAUGCCAUUUUUGAAAUUCAAUAUGGUGAAGUCGAACACCCUUGGUCCGUUGUCAUCAAUUAA